UAAACCAUGUACAUAGAAUUAAAUGAAAUAAGUUUGUUGAUCAAAAGUACAGAAAACUCAGUGUGAGCAAGUAAACAUAAAAAACUAGUAUGAAUUAAGUUUAAAUGCACUGUUUUAGCUUUAGUCAGGACAAUGUUUGCAUUUACAGUGUGGAGACAGCAGUUUUUCAUUCUGAGCUUAAUGAGCGAGCAGAAGCCGAGACAGGAGGACUUUCAGACGCGGGACUCACUGUGAGUCCAUGAGAGCUUGAACUGUGUAUUUCUCGCCAUGUUGAUUGGAUGAAACCUCUCAGGGAGAGAUGUUCUGUCGGAACGCGCGUGCUGUUAGAACAUACCUGAAGGUUCCAUUGUUACCAUGGUUUUUUUUUUAAGGUGCAUCGUUCAGAACCGAUCAUCUUUUAAACACAAACAAACUCCAGAUGAUCAGAAAACUGUUGGCUUUCUAUUUGCACUGGAUUUCUUUGAAAAAAGAGACAAUUACAUUGAGGAAAGAGACUUCAACGAGGACUUCUCAUCGCACCCGAGCAGCUACCUGACAGCUACUGUCACCAACGAGGAUUUUUACUUGGAAAAAAUGCAGCAGGACACCUGGACAGCGCUUCUUGUUCCUGUCCCCAGCCGCUCCAUCAUCCCUCAGGUGGUCCUCCACAGGGUCCCAGCGGCAGCCUCCCACAGCACUCCACCUCUCACCUCUCUCUCCCCUCCUGCCUCCUCCUCUGGCUCUUCUCGCUUUUCUCUCUCCUUACCAGGCUGCUCAUUCUGGCCUGUUGAGGCAUCAGGACCUCCUCCCCAGAAGAUCCCAAGGAGGGACCCUCAGCCGCCCCCUGAGCCUGUGGAAGCGCGCUCAACAGCUCGUGGCCAGAUCACGAUGCAGCAGGACACCUGGACAGCGCUUCUUGUUCCUGUCCCCAGCCGCUCCAUCAUCCCUCAGGUGGUCCUCCACAGGGUCCCGGCGGCAGCCUCCCACAGCACUCCACCUCUCACCUCUCUCUCCCCUCCUGCCUCCUCCUCUGGCUCUUCUCGCUUUUCUCUCUCCUUACCAGGCUGCUCAUUCUGGCCUGUUGAGGCAUCAGGACCUCCUCCCCAGAAGAUCCCAAGGAGGGACCCUCAGCCGCCCCCUGAGCCUGUGGAAGCGCGCUCAACAGCUCGUGGCCAGAUCACGACGCAGCAGGACACCUGGACAGCGCUUCUUGUUCCUGUCCCCAGCCGCUCCAUCAUCCCUCAGGUGGUCCUCCAUAAGGUCCCGGCGGCAGCAGCCUCCUGCAGAGCUUCACCUCUCACCUCUCUCUCCCCUCCUGCCUCCUCCUCUGGCUCUUCUCCCUUUUCUCUCUCCUCUCCAAGCUCCUCAUCCUCUGCUCUCUCUUCAUUCUGGACUUGUGUUGAGGUAUCAGACCAUCCUCCUAAGCUCAUCCUGAGGAGGGACCCUCAGCCUCCCCCUGAGCCUGCAGAAGCACCCCCAGCAGAUGCCUCUGCCUCCCUCUCUGGCUCUUCUCUCUCUUCGCUCCCCUCGCCUUCUCUCCUCCCUCUCCUCUCUCCUCUCUCCUCCUCCUCUUCUAGCUCCUCGUCUCCGGACCAACCUGAGCCACCCAUCAGCUGUAUUUCAUUCUCUCUGUGCUUUGAUUUUUUGCGCUCCUGGUCUAGGUGCUCGUCUCCGGACAAACCCGAGUCACCCCCUGAGCCUGCAGAAGCACCUCCAGCAGAUGCCUCUGCCUCCUUCUCUGGCUCUUCUCUCUCUUCGCUCCCCUCGCCUUCUCUCCUCCCUCUCCUCUCUCCUCUCUCCUCCUCUUCUAGCUCCUCGUCUCCGGACCAACCUGAGCCACCCAUCAGCUGUAUUUCAUUCUCUCUGUGCUUUGAUUUUCUGCGCUCCUGGUCUAGGUGCUCGUCUCCGGACAACGAGUCGCCCCCUGAGCCUUCCAAGGUGCGCCCCCCUGGACCACCUGAACCACCCAGUCAGCGUUUGGAGGUGCGCCCCCCUGGACCACCUGAGCCAACCAGUCCACCUGGGUUGUUUGGGAACCAGCCUGAACCGCAGUGGGUGAAGGAUGUCCGGUCCUUCAUGGAGAGGAGGGAGCCAUAUGAUUCCAUGGGGUGCAAAAGGACCAUUAAGGCUGAAGGUAGGUCUCCAGGUAAGCCAGAGUCAUUACGUCGUUAUCAUUACACAUUUUAAUUUCCUUACAUUUUUUGUGAAUGAUUUUGUAUUGAACUUGUGUGAUUUGCUUUGAAUUAGUUUGAAUUGAAUUGAUUGAGGGGCCAUGCAGCGUGAGAAUGGUGUUCUUGUUGCUGCACCAUGACUCAGGCAGGGUGUCUGCACAGAGCGAGUGUGAUCUGGGAGGGAUAGCGUGAACCUCCAACGUGUUUCGACCUCCCAGUGAAGCUGCUCUGUGACAGAGAAAGAAAAGGAUGGCGACACCAUGUCAAGGAGGUUCACAUGUCUGUCGACGCCCACCCUAGACCGACAAGAGUCUGCAGUGACAAGGGCCUCAUGGCAGGGGUCAGCUGUAGAAAGUUAGCAUGUAGGUAGCAUGUGUAGUUAUGCUAGAGAAGAAAUUAUUACAAUAGGGAAGAAAUCAUUUAGGAAGAGAAGGGAGAAGAGAAGAGGAAGGAAAAGGUAAGAUGUACGACAGGGAGGAGAGGAGGAGGAGUCCUUCAGAAGAAGAAGGUAAGUCUUUCAUGUUAUUAUCAGAUUUCAUGCAGUUAUGAAUUAUAUCACUGUUUAUCUGAUUUCUAAAGUUUUUAGCUCAAUCUGCUUGUCUUCUGUUUUUCUUUUAGAGAGAUGACGAGAGAGGAGAGGAGAGGAGAGGAGGUGGAGGGCAACAUGACAUGUAAACCCUCUCAUAUAAAAGAGAGAUGAUGACAGAGGAGAGGAGAGGAGGUGGAGGGCAACAUGACAUGAAAACCCUCUCAUCUAAAAGAGGGGAGGAAAGGGUUUUUUUUUAAAGAGAAGAGGAGAAGACAGGCUGAGGAGAUGAGAAAAGAGAAGAGAAAAAUCAGAGUGGAGGAGAGGAGAGGAGGUGGAGGGCAACAUGACAUGUAAACCCUCUCAUCUAAAAGAGAGGAGAAAAAAUGAGGGAAGAGACAUGAAAAAAGGAAAAAAGACGAGAGGGGAGGAGAGGAGAGGAGGUGGGAGGGCAACAUGUCGUGUAAAACCUCUCAUGUAAAAGAGAGAGGAGAGGAGGUGGAGGACAAUAUGAAAAGUGAACCGUCACCAUCAAAAAGAAAAACAUCUGUUUAUGUCAUACUGUCUACAUGAUACACAGGAAGAAUCCAUCUGUUCACAUUUAUUCACUGAAAAUGUAACUAUUAUCCCCUCAUCUGCAUUUUUUAGAAAGAGGAGAGGAGACACGAUUGAGGAAGAGAGAGAGGAGACGAGAAAAGGAAAGAAAAGAGGAAAAUCAGAGUGGAGGAGAGGAGAGGAGGUGGAGGGCAUUAUAAAGUGGAAACCCUCUCAUGUAAAAGUGAGAUAAUGACAGAGGAGGUGGAGAGGAGGUGGAGGACAUUACGAAGAAUGAACACUCACAUAUAAAAGGUAGGAAGCUAAUGUCUCUGAAAGCAGCUUAACUUCCCUGUAAUAACUUGAGACUGGUCUGAAAAGUUGUUCUCUUCUUGUGUUUUCCUUUUCAGCCAAGAAAACUCUGACCUGCCACUUCACAAACUACAAGUGAAACAUGUUUCUACAAAGAUUUUUCUCAUGUUCAAACUGUUCAAAAACAAGUGUUUGAAAUACAAAGUGACAACAAAAAGUGUGUUUUGUGAUUACAUUUAUAAAGACUUGUGACUUGAUUGAGAUUAUUGUAAUACUGAUUAUAGUGAUUACUGAUAUU